GUUUCCCCCCUGCUGGAACAAAUCGCCCUUCUCCGGUUCUGCCCCCCUGUGUGCCUCUCAUUGCCGUCCACUGUGUUAUUAUCCAUGACCCUCUCCCACCGGCUGACUCGUUUUUGUGUACCAUGCAUGGCACGUGCGCAUAUGCGUGUUAAUGUGUGCGUGUGGGGCGUGGAUGCGCCAGGUGAAUGCGGCAGACAUGUUGGAGGACGCCAUAGAGUAUAUCAGGCACCUGCAACGCCAGAUGGAGGCGGUGCGCCUGCUGCACCCCAACGUGCGCGUGGAGCCCUUCGUGAGCCGCCUGGACAGCCAGCAGGGGGCUGCCAGGGCCGACGACGCAGGGGAGGACGGCAGGGACUGGGGGCUGGGGGAGCGAGGGGAUGGGGGGGGAGCAGAGGGAGAUGGGGAGAGGAUGGAGAAGACAAGGGAUGGUCAGCUUGCAACAAGGUCUCUCGCAGUGGCGGGCAGAGGGGAUGGCGACGAACUUGAGGAUGUGAAGGAUGUGCUUGUGGGACUAGAGGCACGGAAUAUAAGAGAUGGCGGGAGUGGGGGAGGUAGGGGUGUGGAUAAAACAGACGAUCAACACACUCUGCAGCAGGACAGGUUAAGCCUAUCUAUCACUUGAAUGCAGAGUGUUCAACCUUCCAUGCUGGAUUGAAAUGGUUCUUCUGCAUUCAUCCCCUUAUGGUUGAGCCAGCAGCAACAUUCAGCCAGCUCGCUGUCCCGGUUA